UAACGGUUUGAUAAAAGGCGGCAGACGCUUUCUGACAGCGCUGUGUUUAGGAGGCGUAUCAUUACUCUCAGUCAUGAGGUUUCGCCACUCGGGAGUGUUUUUAAUCAACCAAGGGGCUCAACAGCUUUAAGAAGAAGAAAGAAGCCUUUGGAUAAACUUUUCACUCUAUUUGGAUCCUCAGACCGUUACACUGAACGGUUACGACCAGCUCUGACGCACGUCGAAUUAGUUAAAGGGGACGUUUUUGUUUUUUCUUGGGGGACUGCUCAAGAGGAUGCGUUUGGUUUAAAGGACUCCAGUUUGUCCAUGUUUUUUCUCAGAUAUGUGCGCUUUUAAAGAGCGCAUUGGAUUCCUGAGGUGCGCGUUGGUGGACGCUUCUCUGCGCAACAGCGCGACGUGAUCCUCCGAGGGAUCAUGCGGGUAUCAAACGCACAUUCCCAAUUGUAUGUCUCUUGACUCUGCCCAGGAAUAUUUGUGCAGAAGUGGGAAUGCUUUUUCGUGUUAUCUGGACGCUCCGCCGGAGGUGUUGCACGGGUCCCCUUCUGCUGCUGGGGAUUGCGCUGGGGCUGUUUUACCACACAUUGACUAUUGACAGGGACAGCACGGAGUUCAAGUCCAGUCAUCGGGACCACAGAAACAAAUCAGUGGCGUUUGAUUAUAAACAACUACUUAAGAACACGGAGAGGCUCAUAUCUCUUCUAGAAGCCUCACAGACUGAUAGCUUUGUGCAACAUUCUAAAUGCAGCUGUGCAGGAAAAGCCAUUAUUCUAACAGGCCAACAUGCUCCGACAGACACGGAGGUUCAGUUGUAUCAGAGAGUUCUACAGCAGCAGGGGUAUCGUGUGGAUCAGGCUCGCUACGCUGAAACCAGCACCAUUCUUAGACUGAACAGACGAGAUGGAAGAGACUGGUCUGUCUUGGUAUGUUUAAAGGGCUCUGAAAAAAGCUGCCUGCGAAAAAUCAACUAUGCGCAUCCGUACCACCACCAGAGGGUUAACAUUAUUCCAGCAUUUUUCGGAGCGUUUCUGGACAUGGGCGGAGUCUGCCGGUUUUUGACGGACAGUAAGUUAUCAGGAGUCACAUUAUCCAUCCUCCCAUCUGCCUGCACUCCUGGAACCCUGUACAACACUGAAGAUGAACGAUCAGUCAUGCAACAUCUGAUGCAGCCUAUCAUACACAGCUAUUCAGAAAAUCACAGCCUGAAUGCCACUGUGAAUGUAUACAUCCUGGUUACCUCGGCAAGCCCUUUAACAGCUUUUGUCCACCACACAGCCUUGGUCAGAACCCACCUGGACAAAAAUAGUUAUGCCACUGAGCUGCAGGUAUUCUUUAGAGAUAGACUGGGUUCUAUUCUCUCUCAGCAGGCCAGCGAGAUCAUGAAACACACCAUCGAUGACAUCCUUAAAGCUGCUCUAUUAACAACAAAAGAGAGCAGCUUACCCAGAUGUCAGCUGUGUUUUCAGUUAUUGACAUUCACUUUGCACUAUAAUGCCUCUCUUCAUCCAGUGGUGGUUAAGCUUAGGACAGAUCUACACUUUGAUGGGAUGAGGGACCCUCACUUUGAUGGACAGAUCACCAAAGAAUACAUGCUAGAGCAUGUGUUAAAACUGCUUUUCCCAGCAAGCAUCAGUGAGGCCAGAGCACCUGCAGAAGAGAACCAACUAAAGUAUGGUCGCUGUGAAUGGCCAAACAGUUUAUGUUUGCCUCCAGAAGAGAUGUACCUACUGCAACAGUUUAAUCAACACCUCAAGACACCAGGGCCUUUUCAGCUGCUGUGUCCUAUAUCUCCUCCGGAUCAUCUCCAGCAUGAUCUAAUACAGAAGUCCCUCAGUGCUCAGGAUUAUGGAUGGAGACCUGCUCUUAUGGCCCUACACCAACAGCUCAGCCUUUACUACACCAGACGAAAUCAGACUGAUAGUAUAGAGGACCCUGGAAAUGAUGAGACAAAACCAGAUCCAUCAGAUUCAUUGUCAAGAAAAGGGAGGUGUGUGGAUCCUCAUUUGAGACAAUUGUACACAGACCCUCCAAUGGUCCUUAUGCCAACGUUUAACCCUUGGGUGAAGGAGUAUCGAGCUGAGGUUCCAUUUGAUGUGAUCACCAUUUGGAUCAGACCAGAACCAGUGAGACCACAAUGCCACAUUCACCUGGAUGAACAUCGUGGACCAAAGAUGGCAAACUACCCUGUUGGCCUGGACAACAGCAGAAUCAACAUUCUGGUGAUGGACGAAUCAGAGGCUGAGCCUGUAGUCAUGACGAUAUACACUCUGCACAUAUACCGCGAAAGCAGGCCUAGCUUGCCAAUGUUUGACGAGUAUGUGAUGUGCAGCUUCGUACAGGACUGUGGCCUGGUGGUCAGACCAGAUCAGCCGUGUGGUUUGGAGCCUGUUUCAGGCGUGAGAUCAUCAGAAGAGGCCCAGGCAUCACCUCAGCCUUGUUUAUCAGGAGAUGAGCCUGCUCGUUGGGUCGUUCCAUGCCUAAGCUGUUCGGACAAUAGGACCUGUGAUUGGAGAGAGGUUGCCUGGCAACCCGACAACUGUUAUCACCCUUUGCUGGACCAACCUCAGUUACAAACCUGCAUGAUGGACAGGAAGGUCCUGUUCAUUGGUGACUCCACCAAUCGAGGGAUGAUGUACUACCUGAUGGAGAGAGUGAACACCACGUUAGAGGACUGGGAUAAAGCUCACGACACUAUCGUCUAUCACAACCUUAAUCAGGGCCAAACUAUUGUCAGUUACUCAUAUUACCCGAAAUUCUGGCUGCCAAAGGCCCAGAGACCCACAUUUCAAAGAGCUCUGCAACAGCUUAUAGUGAGGUCACAACCCUUGGAGAACUCUCCUCAGACAGUACUGGUCGCUGGAGGGGUGCAAUGGCUGAACCUGAACCAUCUGAGGACCAUUCAACAGGUUUUAGAGAGGGAGGGUCUUCAAAACAUCAUGGUGGUGGUGAAGUCUUUAGGAAUGGGUUUCCAUCUGCCUGUGGAUGGUAUUCGUUCCCUUCCCCUGAGUGGAGUGCAAGAACUCUAUAAUGUGAACAUGAAUAUUCUGGAAAGUGCCAAACAUCUUGGAUACGAGGUCAUUGAUACUCUCAGCAUCACCAUGGGUCGAUACAAGGAGUUCCUGCAGGGAAGGUGUGCCUGUCAUUUCCAUGAGGUCUAUAAGCUUCAUUUUCCGACUGCUACUUCCCAAAGAAAGCUGAAGAUCUUGAGGCAUGGUGAAGAGAGUGGACUCAGGGCCAAUGUGCCAACGGGGCCACAACAGCAAGAGGAUCCAUUGUCUCAACCCAAUGUGUCCUACCACGUAAAAGGACCAGUAAACAAGGUCUACUCAGAGAUCCUACUGAGCAGGAUUUGUGUGAAUCAAGCUGUCAACAGGACCUUUCGCCAACAGUGACAAAAAGACAGUUAGCGGCUGGUGACGCUAAGCUGAGUGUGUGUGUGUGUGUGUGUGUGUGUGUGUGUGUGUGUGUGUGUGUGUGUGUAUCCAGUGAGAAAGAGUGCAUCGGUAUGAUGAGUAGUUGUGAAUAUGUAUAUAUAUUUGAAGAAAAAGCCGUUAUAAAAAUGCAUUAAAGGGCUAAAGUAUAUAGUUAUUUUUGAAAGCAUUCAUAGUGCACACAGAUCGCUCCAAAUGUACUUAGCCAUAUUCUGGAUCAAAGUGUUAAAUUGGACAAAGAUGGGUUAAGUAGUGUGUGUGUGUGUGUGUGUGUGUGUGUGUGUGUGUGUGUGUGUGUGUGUGUGUGUGUGUGUGUGUGAGAGAGAGAGAGAGAGAGAGAGAGAGAGCGAGCUCCAGAUUGAAAGGGGGGUGGGGUUUAAUGAGACCCCCUGAAGCCCUACUAAAUUGACUUUGGCAGCUGCAGUGUCUCACCUGGUCCCUUCAAACAGCCAACAAACUUUCCUGCAAUGCUCAUGCAACGUUCUCACAAUGCUGCUACUGCUGGAACACAGGUUGAAAUGUUCCCAAUAUGGUUUGGGAAACGUUUUUGCAGGUGCUGUGGAGUGCCUUUAAAGUUACGCUGCCUCACGCUGUCACUUUUAUAGAAGCUUGUCGACGUUUUGAAGUCUAGCUUUACACCCCCUUCUUUUACAUACCAGGUUUGCAAAUAUUUAUGACGUUUUUUUUAUGCCAAAGGUCUUAUGAAAGAUAUUGUAUGUUAUAGUACCUGUCUUAUGUUCUUCACAUAUAUUUCUACAUUUAGUUUUUUACCAGUGUUCUACCAGUGCCUUUUCAUAAUAAUCAGUGUAAAAUAUUUUAAAUGCUGUUUUCAAAAAAGAGGUUCUAUGUAUUUAUAUGGUUUCUGUAAGUUUUGAUGGUAAGUGUUUUUAUAUGGGUACAGGGUUUGCUCUGAUUUGCUGGAAUGUAUGACAUAUUUCAUUUAUCCAUAAUUUACAUUAAACAGGAAGUAGUCUGUGAGUGGAAAAAAUUGCAAAAAUUAUUUGAAUUGUCCCAUAAAAAUAAUAUUCCCACCAGUAGUUAAGAUGAACUCGGUAUAGGCAUAAAAGCUAUUUCCACAUGAAGCAAAACAAAUUCAUAUGAACCUGUGUUGACUUAUGAACAUUCCAGAGCAUGAUAACUCAUAUUAUUCUGUGUAAUAUUUCACUGUUUAUUCCUGGAAACCAUUUCCCGCCAGUGUCAGUAUUUGAGGGUCACAUCAAUUUAUUAGAAAUAAUUAUGGGUAUUAACGAAGGGCUGAAUAUUGUUGUAGCCUGCAUGAAAUAUAUUAUAAUUUUUUUUAUAAAAAAAAAACUAGAAACAUGAACCCAAUUAAAAAUUUACAUUUUCGUAAUUGUUUCUUGAACUAAUGGAAUGUUUUUUGUCAUUUAAGAACAUGUCAGAAUAAUUUUGUUUGAAAUAAUGUAGGGAAAAUGUUAUUAAAUGGCUUUAAAUAAAAUUGGAUUUUGAUUAGUUUUUUGUUUACAAAUGUGAUACAUUUCUUUCAAUUAAUGUAUCAAAUACAAGUUCAUGAAAAACAGAAAUAGGCUAUUUUACUGA